UAGCGCUGCUUUGAGUCCGUCCCUCACCGGUAAUGUCUCCUCUGAGGACAGGACGGUAUUAUCGGCUGAAGAAAUCUUCCUGCCGCGUUAUGAUGGUUUGUGAGCAGUUGAAAGGGUGAGGCUCUUCACGUCUGUGGUGGUGUUAGAUUAGUUUUUAGCAUAUAGUUAAGUGUUUUUCACCUAGAAUAGCCUAUAUAUUUUUUUACCUAUUUGUUUUUUUUUUUACAUCCCCGGUAGUUUUUUUUUUAAGCUUCUCGGACAGUGUCUCGGAGUUUGGUGGCAGCGCAAUGACACUGCUGUGUUUUAAUUUUGUGCUGGAAUAGCGAGACAUGUGCGGCAGAUAAACUGCGUCUCGUCUCGCCUAAAAGCAGCCGGGACAACCGACACCACCGGACAUUUUUUACAAAGACAGACACCGGGAGACGGAGACGCAACAUGUUUGAAGCUUCAGGGAUCCCUUUCAUCGUGCUGGACGUUACCUGUCUUAUCCUCGUCGGACUUCCAUUUUUUAUCCUUACCCCUCAACACAACCCUUUCAAACGGGGUUUCUUCUGCAAUGACGAGUCCAUAAGAUACCCCCUCAAAGAGGACACCAUAUCCUACCAGCUGCUGGGUGGAGUCAUGAUCCCCUUCACAUUGAUUGUGAUCGUCUGUGGUGAAUGCCUUUCUGUUUACUUAUCACGCAUCAAGAACCAGUCUUUGGGGACCAAGUAUGUGGCCUGUGUGUACAAAGCUGUGGGGAGCUAUGUGUUUGGAGCUGCUGCCAGCCAGUCUCUGACAGACAUUGCCAAAUACUCCAUCGGACGUCUGCGGCCAAACUUCCUGGCUGUAUGCAAACCAGCAUGGGAUCGCAUCAACUGCAAAACUGGUGGAUACAUCGAGAACUUCAACUGCACUGGAGAAAAGUUUCUGGUGGAUGAAGCCAGACUGUCCUUCUACUCUGGCCAUUCAUCCUUCUCUAUGUACUGCAUGCUGUUCCUUGUACUGUACAUUCAAGCCAGACUAAGGUCAGAAUGGGCGAGGCUUCUGCGUCCCACCAUCCAAUUCUUCCUAAUUGCAACUGCUGUGUAUGUGGGUCUAUCCCGGGUGUCUGACUACAAACAUCACUGGAGUGAUGUGCUUGCUGGCCUCCUGCAAGGGGGUUUAGUAGCUAUUCUCACAGUGUUCUGUGUGGCCAAUUUCUUUGAACAGCCGGUGGACCCGGUGGUGUCACAGGAGGAAGAAGCCUCACACACCAGUUUACAGGACAACCCUUCCAAUGGGAACCACUAUGGCAGCACUGACUGAAUCUGAGGAAUCAAAGACUAUACUGUAUAGAGCCCUUUAUCUCUUAAAAGGGCCGGGGAGGACCUAAAACACUUCAUUGUCUUUGAUAUUAACUGCCAGCUGUUUCUGAGCACAUCUUCAACAUAGUCUGCCCCACAGGGCCAACGCUGCAGCCGGCAGACGUUAGCUGCUGCCUUUGGUGUGGUCAGUAAACUUUAAUUACAGGAAGAAAUGUGCACUACAAAAGACUUGCACUACUGAUUAUAAAGACACAGAGGUUUUUGGGUAAAUUCAACAUAAUAUGGUUUAUUAUGCAAUGACAAAACAAAAUACAGCAUGUUGGGUUUACCUUAGAAAAAGUUUUUUUUACAGUGUGAGCUUGUUGGUAAUGUGGUUUCUAAUGUAUAUUGGUCUGCUGUUGCCAUCAUGAAUGAAUGAAAUUCCUUUUGCCCAGAAUAUAAUGAGCGUCUGUGUGCGCACUGCAAGCAGGUUUGUGGAGAGUGUGGCACCUGUGAAUAAGAAAACCUGGACUGUCCUGGCGUAAAAUGGAGACGGAACUCAGAAAUAAUAUAUUUCAUGUUGAUUUUUGCCUUAGUCAUAUUGCUGCUAUCUGCUGUUAUGUCCCUUACCUGGUGUAAUUUAAAUGUAUGAAAAAUACAAUGCAUUGAAUUUUCUUUUUUUUCUUCUUUUUUUUUUUUUUACAGUUUGUAUAAAGCUCGUAUGUUUUUGUCAGUGCAUAAGCUUUGAACAGUCUUGUUUAGAGCAGUACUGGGAUCAUUUGUGACAAAUAAAGAAAGUUAAAAUUUG